AUGAAGUCACUUUUGCGAACAGUGUGGGUGGUUUUGACGGCGGUGUUGGUGGCUAACGCCGUGAACGUGAGUUGCAUACCGAGCAGAGAGUUUGAUUCGAUGCUUGAUACCCUACGAGUGAGAGGAUACGACCUCUUCUGCAACGCAAUCGUGACCUCUGAUCUUCAAUUCGACAUUCUAUCGUACCAGAAUCAGAGGGAAGACGAAAACUCUAACAACUCAAACUCACACUCCUUCACCUUCUUCGCUCCCACCGACGCUUCCCUCUUCGCACUCGACAUGACUCAAACGGCGUCGUCUUAUAUAGACACUCUCCGUUUCCACGUCGUCCCUCGCCGCCUCUCACUCGCCGAGCUCCGCCUCCUCCCCGACGGUUACACGCUCCCAACUCUCCUCUCCCAACGCCGCCUCCAACUCACUCGCCGCCCUGCCUCUUCCGUCAUCUCCGUCGGAGACGUUAACAUCGCUUUCCCCGGCAUGUUUUACGGCCGCAACGUAGCUGUUCACGGCCUCGCCAGUAUUCUCAGUCUUCGAACUAAUAACCCUCCUUCGCCUUCGCCUUCGCCUUUGCCAGCGCCGGUGGUUCCUCCUAUUAGCUCCGCCGAUCAAAGGUUUUCCUCUCCAAGAAUUAGUCCUAGCUCGCCGGAGUCGGAGAACCGAACAGUUCUUGGUCCGAUUUCCCGUCCUGUUCCGAAGUUGGUUUCGCUAAACAUCACAAGCCGGCGGGGAUCUCAUCCUCCGGUUGAGGCUCCGGCUCUGACUCCGACUCCGGCAUCUAGACCUACCGCUGUAACUAGGCAACCACCGGCUGCUUCGCCGUUAAACGGAAGGGUUGAUGCACCAGAAUCCGAGCACCAAGAUUUGACGGUUCAUCCUCCGAUGAAUCUUGGUAAUUCUCCGGUGGUGACGCCGGCGGUUUCGCCGCCAAGAUAUCCUGAUUCGGCAAUAUCUUUACCACCAGCUGGAUUUUCCGACGCGGAGGUUCCGGCGCCUGCAGGACAGGACUUGUUUGUGCGGCAGAAAGAUAGAGUUUCGCCGGUAGGAACCAAGGGAGUCAUAGAAACGCCUGAGAAAUCUGAAGCGUUAGAUGGCAUCAGAAACUGUGUAAAUCCAGCCGUUGGAUCGAAGGACUCCUUAUCCCAUGGUAAUGUUGGCGGCCACAUGCAGUGCUAUGCAGCUUAA